AUGAGCUACGACGAGAAGCAGCUCCUUACCAAUGGCAAACAGAAGGUUGAGCCGCGAGAAAAGGCUAUCUCUGGACAUCCAGUGCCUGAUAUCAGUACUCUCCGGAGUGCCAUUCCAGCCUAUUGUUUCACUCCUUCCACCGUUAAGUCCAUGGGCUACUUGCUGCGAGACGUGGCCCUUGCUUCCAGUCUCGCCUGGCUAGCCUUUAGUUUCAUCCCCAUUCUGCCAAGCCCUGUCUUGAGAGGUGGCGCUUGGAUUAUCUACGGUUUCUCUCAAGGCUGUGUUCUCACUGGACUCUGGAUCCUAGCUCAUGAAGCUGGACAUGGAGCAUUUUCUUCAUCUGACUGGUUCAAUGACUUCGUGGGCUGGGUAGCCCAUUCUGUUUUACUUGUUCCAUACUUUUCUUGGAAGUUCUCUCAUUCGCGCCACCAUAUGUUUACCGGUCAUAUGGAUAAGGAUAUGGCGUUUGUGCCCAAGACUCGCGUUGACUACUUUGAUAGGCUACGAGUGGCGUUUGUGGACCCUGAUCAAUGGGAAGACAUCCCCGUCAUACAGUUCAUUCGACUUCUUCUUCACCAGUUACUCGCAUGGCCUAUGUAUCUUUGCUUCAACAUAUCUGCCGGUAAGAAGAGCCUCCAAAAGCCUUCGGAGGGCAUACUGCGUCAGAGUCACUUUGACGCCUACAGUGCCGUCUUCCGUCAUAGUGAAGCCUUGUACAUUGUCUUAUCAGAUAUCGGCCUUGGCCUCACUAUCGCAGUGCUCUAUACCUUCUCGGCCAAACAUGGUAUGGGCAAUCUGAUGCUAUUAUACGGACAGCCCUAUCUUUGGGUUCAUCAUUGGCUGAGACAAUUAGUUGCUAUUACCUUUUUGCACCAUACGCACGAAGAUGUUCCUCACUACACCGCAAACGGCUGGACAUUUACGAAAGGCGCUUUGGCUACCAUAGACCGGGACUUUGGGUUUAUUGGACGUGUUUUUUUCCAUGGCAUUAUUGACCGCCACGUGGUCCACCAUUUGUUUCCACGCAUCCCGUUUUAUCAUUGCGAUGAAGCUACAGAGUCGAUCAAACCACUGCUUGGUGAUCUCUAUCGACAAGACAACAGGUCUUUUCUCAGGCAACUUUGGACUACAUUCAAGCAGUGCAAGUAUGUUGAGGAGGAUGCAGAGGACCCGGGGAUGAUGAAAUGGGCACGGUAA